AUGGCCUACAAUCGACCGUACAAUCCAGACGCUUUGCCCAGAUUUGCUGAGCCCGAACAAAAGCAGAAGCCAGGAUCGGCCCCACCGCAGACAUACCAACAUGGUCGGUACGAAAACAAGCCUACACCACCAGCUCCGAGAGACAACUACUCGCCUUCGCAUUCCAAACCAAGCCAAAGCCAGACAUUUCAUGGUGGAGUGGGCGCCCCGAAACCUGCUCCCCUGCCUCAAGGUCGGCCGGCGGCGCAGCAUCACGCACCAAGUUCGCGGGGUGGUGGCCCGCCGCCUUCGCCCGCUCUGGACGCAGGGUCCGGAUCUGAUCCUACUCUUUUGCCUCUAUUUCGCGCCGUCGACAAGGAUGGGACUGGCCAACUAUCCGAAAUGGAGCUUUCGGCAGCUCUCGUCAAUGGCGACUGGACAGCCUUUGACAUUCAAACUGUUCGAAUGAUGAUUCGCAUGUUCGACUCGGACCGAAACGGCACCAUCAACUUUGAAGAGUUUUGCGGUCUAUGGUCGUUUCUUGCCUCGUGGCGCACGCUUUUUGAUCGCUUCGACGUCGAUCGAAGCGGCAACAUUUCGCUGCAAGAGUUUACUGAUGCGCUCAUCGCCUUUCGCUAUCGCCUGAGUCCGCACUUUGUCCAACUGCUCUUUCGAACAUACGAUAAGCGCAACGAGGGCGUCAUGAGCUUUGACCUGUUUGUGCAAAGCUGCAUUUCCUUGAAACGCAUGACGGACGUUUUUAAAAAGUAUGACGAUGAUAGAGACGGCUUCAUCACCCUCAGCUUCGAGGAUUUUCUGAGUGAGAUUCUGAAACAGCUCAAGUGA